UCCAGUUUGAUAGUGUGGAGAAGUCUCGAAUGUCGCCUACCAAGGAUGGGAAAACCCGCCCGCUGCAGCGACACUCCAGCAACUGUCUGGUCAACACGAAGCUGUCUUCACUGGACCACUGCGGUUCCUCUCUCGGGGAGCGCAUCGACCCCACCAUGCCCCUGGAGAGCCAGUUCUGGUACCAUGGAGCGAUCAGCCGGACAGACGCAGAGUCUCUGCUCAGGCUGUGUAAGGAGGCCAGCUACCUGGUGAGGAACAGCGAGACCAGCAAGAACGACUACUCCCUCUCCCUCAAGAGCAGCCAGGGCUUCAUGCACAUGAAGCUGUCACGGACGAAGGAGAGCAAGUACAUCCUGGGCCAGAACAGCUGCCCGUUUGACAGCGUGCCUGAGAUCAUCUAUUUCUACUCUAGCCGCAAGCUGCCCAUCAAGGGUGCCGAACACAUGUCCCUGCUGUACCCCGUAGCCAUCAGGACACUAUAGUGCUCCGGGUCACCGGCAGGCCCCUGCCGUACCCACCGGGCAACCCUGUGGCUCCACGCUUCCUGUCCCUCUGGACAGUGCCCAGAAGGCUCAUGGGAAUUCGAACAGUGACAUCCCAAAACUGCUGAUUCUAACUCACCUCACUAGCCGACGGAUUCCAGACCUGUUCUGAAGGCCUACUGCAUAUUAUCUUACACAUGCUGUACAGACUCAAAGAGGCAGAAGGCUUUAUUAUUUUAUUUUAUUUUAUUUAUGACGGACACCCACUUCAUCACAUCACAGACUGACCACCUGAUGAACAUCAUUUCACUGAUUCUUCAGCUGAUUUCCCUAAGCACUUAUCACUCAUAGAAAAAGAGAGGUACAACAUUGUAACAUGUGUCACUGGGGUGUACCUUUUCUCAGAAAAUGUUUUAUCUUAGGAGUGCACAUCAUAAGAAUAGUGUAUGCUCAUUUGGUUAGGCUCUGUUGAUUCUGUAAUUGUUUGUAAGAGGACUUGAAGAUUGUAAGAGCCGUGUAAGGGAAGCAACAUUUAUGAGGCCUGUUGAGGGAUAUUGUCCACAUGGGCCUCAUACAGCGGUCUGGAUAUUGAAUACACUGGCCUUGUAUGAAUAGUGUGUCCCCAGCUGUGUGGAAAUAACAGGCCUGUGAGCAGUGCACGCUGAUCUCUCUAUCUUGUCAAAGUACAUGCUGUCUGCUAUCCAUCACCGAGGGGGUGUAUCACACCAAUGACGGUGUAAGUACCAUGGUGGCGAGACAGGCAGGAGAUCAUGAUGGAUGGGUCAACUCAUCUGACACAGUACAAUGGGCCGAGGCUAGAGACCAGAGCCUGUCCAAAUGGACCAAAUUAGCCCGGCGACCCCUCCUUAGAAUGGCUUUGCAUCUGGAGAAUGAAAUAUGCCUGCAUUGUCUACCUCAGAAAAUCAAUUUCAUUCGCCCAUCUGCAGAUCAAUAGGUACAAUGGGAUUUCAGACAUCGAUCUGCUCUCCCUAUGACAUUCCCAAUUCCCUUAAAAUGACAUCAUCAGUUUAUGGAUAUGUUUUUUAAAUACAAGAUUUCUUUUUAAUGAAAAUCUAAAGUAGAUUUUUCAGAUCAGCAAUUGUAUGUAUAGUAGUCACUAAUAUGAAACUGUGUGAUGUCAGUAACAGAUGUUUGGUUAAUGCCUUAUAAUGCAUGGGUCGAAUCAGUCCGCUAGAUCAGCUGAUUUCCAGUUCUGCUUUUAACGAUUGUUCUGUGACUGUAAUUUAUUCUGGGGUAAUUAUUACUGAUGUGUUAAUCCUUUGUGAUGGCCCGUCGGCCCCUUGGCCCUCAUUGUUCUGUAACGAUGUGAUCGUGUUUUUUUGGGACUACUCCAGCCUCUUUACCUGUGGUGCUUUGCAUUUUUGUUGUUCCAAAUUCUGCUCAACGCACGUUUGCCUCAGUGGCCUGACUUUGGGAAACAAGUCACGGUGUCUCCUGACCAAGGGGAUUGUCAAACCUCACAUGAGAGACGAUCGCAUAUUCUCCUCCGGACCAAUCACAGCGCAGCCUGUUAGAACCAGAAAAAAAACAUGCCUACCUUCAACUUUUCAUGCUUCUUCUUUGCAUUAAAAUGGCUCAAUCAUCUACCCUUUACUACUAGAUGUGCAUACAUGUGUGAAUGUGAUGAGUAUGCAUGUGUCCAACCCGUCCAACAUGAAAUGAAAAAUGUUAUGUAUGCAUAUGAGAAUGUGUGCGCAUACUUUUUGAGUUCCAGUGUUUUUAAUCCUGCUGGUACAAACUGGGAACAGCCCUUUCUUGAAGUCUUAGGUUGUCAGAACCGUAUUUUUUCCUUAUUGGAAUCAAGAAACUAGAAGUCAGCCCAAUGACUCGUUUUAUUUGAAUGGCCUCUUGUAUUCUUUUACAACCACAUUAUAUUUAAGCAACUCAUAGGACUGUUAUGUGGGCUGCUCUCUGAUGAAAUAAUACUACUUCUGACUAAUAACAACAACAAAAAGCUCAGUCUAAGCAGAGGGCCUAAUGUUUGUAGCACUACACAGGAAACCCUUUUCAGUCUUAUGAGUUUCACAUUUCUGUGGUUUAAUGAGCAAAUCCCAGUUACAAUGAAAAUGACGGGGGGCUUUGGUCCAAGGUGAAGACACUAUGAAUAAGAAACAGACUUAAGCGAGCAUGACCACUGUAAAUACAAAGUCAAUACUUAUUGACACUGCUGUGUGCUAUGCAACUUUAAACUGCUGUCAUUGAAGGGAAAUGUAUUGGAGUGUGUGCCUCCACCAAAUGUUUAUGACAAAUGUGAUGGUACAAGAUGUCCACCGGGAAGAGAUUUAUCAGCAGAAUGUUUGAUGUGUUGAAGAGAAUAGUCGGCAGAAAGACGUUUAUUUAGUUGGUGUAGUAAGUGAGCAGACAUCAGAUAGUAACCUCUGCAGCUUUAUUAAGGAACGGUAUGUUGUUGAAGUGGACCUAUGUAUUUUCUUGAUAAAAGAUAUCCUAAGAAGAAAUGCAAAUGAAAUAAACUAUGUGUGAUGUAUCCUCUGUGUUCCCUGUUUAAGAUAACAAAGGUUGAGAGUAGAGGCUCUUAAGUUACUGCUGCUGCUGCUGAUGAAAAUGACUCUACUAAAAGGAAAGAGCCUGUGUGUGACAGCCGCACUGCCCCGAGAGAGGCCUUAGCUAUAUGGAGAAAGGGAAAUGGAUGUAAGGAGGGGAGACAGAGGGGAGGGUGUUCUGACAGGGGGGGGAUUUGCUGCAAUCAGCAGACCCACUCUUCACAUAUGUCUAUCAUUAGAACCUGAAAGAGCCCUUCUCCUCCCUCAGAAGUGUCUUAAAGUGUGCUUGUGUGCAUGCAUAAAGAAGUGUGAGUGUGUGUGUGAGCAACCAUCAGCCCCGUGUGUAUCUUGUGUUUCACUUUACUGUGCUAAAGUGGCAUGUAUGAGUUUCCUUUGUGUACAUGUCCGUGCCACGUAUGUAUGCACUACUAUAACAUAUCUCUGUACAGUCCCUCAUGGCCAAAUGUAUAUACUGAAUGUAAUGUAUGGGGACAAGAGGCAUCAAGGUUCAAAAUAAAUAAAAUUGGGUUUAUGAGUUAAUGUGUGAUAUAAUGUCUGAGUUCUAUUAUUU